UCAUCAGAUGGAGUGAUGAAGUGAUACUCUUGAAACAUGAUAAAAAACUGGACUAAAUAAAAGCUUUCCUACUUUAGGAAAAAAUAUCCAAAAUGUACAGACCAGGAGAAACAGUCAAACGUCGACUCAACAUGCAUGCUCCUGCACGGAUAAGAAGCGUGGAAGUUGCUCGAGGAAGAGCAGGUUAUGGGUUUACCCUUUCUGGACAAGCUCCUUGUGUUCUCAGCUGUGUGAUGAAAGGAAGCCCUGCAGAUUAUGUUGGACUUAAAGCAGGAGAUCAGAUAUUUGCAGUUAAUGAAAUCAAUGUGAAAAAAGCCUCUCAUGAAGAUGUAGUGAAACUUAUAGGGAAAUGUUCUGGAGUCCUGCACAUGGUCAUUGCUGAAGGGAUUAAUCAUAUGGAUUCAUGUUCAAGUGAUGAAGAAGUUGGUUUUUAUGAUGGGAAGGGGUGGCUGAAACCCAAACCUGACUCUAAAGCGCUGGGUAUAAACAGAGCAGAGAAAGUUGUUGAAGAAAUGCAGUCUGGUGGCAUUUUCAACAUGAUCUUUGAGAAUCCUGCUCUUUGUGCUGGUAACUCAGAUAAUUCUGCACCAAAACAAAGAUCAUUUUCAGUUUCUGCUGCUAUGAAAUUUGAAACUGGCAAUGAAAGUGUAAGCAACCCAAACCUACUGUCAAAGGAAGAAAUAGCCAAAGUUCUGAAUGAUGAUUCAGUUUUUAGAAUUGGACUGGAGAGUGCAGAAGACUUUGGAUUAGAUGCAAGCAUUUUGAAUGUUGCCAUGAUUGUAGGUUAUUUAGGCUCCAUUGAACUUCCUUCAACAACUGCAAAUUUGGAAACUGAGAGUUUGCAGGCCAUUCGUGGGUGCAUGAGACGUCUGCGGGCAGAGCAGAAAAUCCACUCCCUGGUGAUGAUGAAGAUAAUGCAUGACUGUAUUCAGCUCUGCAGUGACAAAUCUGGUGUUGUGGCAGAAUAUCCCGCAGAGAAACUGGCAUUCAGUGCUGUUUGCCCGGAUGAUAGAAGAUUCUUUGGACUAGUUACAAUGCAGACAAACGAUGAUGCAAGCUUGGCUCAGGAAGAUGAAGGCGUCCUGAGGACAUCUUGCCACGUUUUUAUGGUGGAUCCUGAAUUAUUUCAUCAUAAAAUUCACCAGGGUAUUGCAAGGCGUUUUGGACUGGAAUGUACAGCGGAUCCAGAUACAAAUGGCUGUCUGGAGUUUCCAACAUCAUCUCUACCUGUCCUGCAGUUUAUUUCUGUCCUGUACAGGGAUAUGGGGGAAUUGAUUGAGGGAAUGCGUGCGAGGGCGUUCCUUGAUGGCGAUGCAGAUGCUCAUCAGAAUAACAGCACGAGCAGCAACAGUGAUAGCGGAAUUGGAAAUUUCAACCAAGAAGAAAAGAAUAAUAGGGUUCUGGUGGUUGAUUUAGGGACCAAUCCAAGUAAACACAUUCCUAGCAGCAUAUGGGAAAACCCAGUAGGAAGGGGACAAAAUCAGCCUGCUUCCCAUUGGAAUGGCUUCUGUCAUGAGCAAGAGGGAAACAUGCCUUUAGAAGUAAUUCAGAAUGAUAAGGCCCAAAAUGUGAGCAAACACUUGAGCCCUUCUGCUCGUAUUGAAGUUCCGUUGGUUUCCACCCGAAAUUCAGUACCCCCAUCAAAGAAAACCGCUGCAGGCACGGGCAGUCAGAGGUGGCUGCCCGUGCACGUUUUACAGGAGUGGCAGCACGGAAAUGCUAGCGACCAGGAGUCGUACACGGACUCCACAGACGGCUGGUCGAGUGUGAACUGUGGCACCUUGCCCCCACCAAUGAGUAAGAUUCCAGCUGACAGGUACAGAGUCGAUGGCAGCUUUGGUCAGCCACAGCUAAAGUCACACAAAAGUGAAUGGUCCAAGAAGGUGUUCUGCAUUCAGAACAAAUUUGGCCCUCCGCACAGUAUCAGGAAAUCUAAAGAAGAUAAAAAGGGUGCAAAAUUUGGACAUUCAAUGGGAUUAAAUCAGGCUCCUCCUCCACGUUCUUCUGCUCGAAGAUCAUUUGGAAGGUCGAAGCGAUUUAGUAUUACUCGCUCUCUGGAUGACCUUGAGUCAGCAACUGUUUCUGAUGGAGAGCUGAAUAGCACUGAGUUGAAAGACUGCAUCAGUGAGAACAGCCUGAGUAGCAAUGCCAGCCUCCCCAGCGUGCAGAGCUGCCGGCGGCUGCGAGAGAGGAGAGUUGCAAGCUGGGCUGUUUCCUUUGAGCGUCUUCUUCAGGAUUCUGUUGGUGUUAAAUAUUUCUCGGAAUUUCUACGGAAAGAAUUUAGUGAAGAAAAUAUUUUAUUUUGGCAGGCCUGUGAAUAUUUUAACCAUGUACCUGCACAUGAUAAGAAAGAGCUUUCUUACAGGGCUCGGGAGAUCUUCAGUAAGUUCUUGUGUAGCAAAGCUACAACCCCAGUUAAUAUUGACAGCCAGGCACAGCUGGCAGAUGAUAUUCUCAAUUCUCCCCAUCCAGAUAUGUUCAAGGAACAGCAACUUCAGAUAUUUAACUUGAUGAAGUUUGAUAGCUAUACUCGCUUUCUCAAAUCCCCCCUUUACCAAGAAUGCAUUUUAGCUGAAGUGGAAGGACGUCCUCUUCCUGAUCCUCAGCGUGUUCCCAGCAGCCCCACCUCUAAACACAGCGUCAGUUCAGAGAAGUCCAACAUAUCAACACCAAAAAAGCUAAGUGGUAAGUCAAAGUCAGGAAGAUCUUUAAAUGAAGAGUCAGGAGAGGAGGACACUGAGAAGAAGAAAAGGGGAACAUUCUUCUCAUGGUCAAGAAGUAAGAGUUUGGGAAAAUCACAGAAGAGAAGAGAAAAUGGUGAUUAUCCAAACGAUUCUUUUCAGUCCAAUGGAUUGUCAUACAGACGGGAAUCACAAGGCUCCAUGUCAUCCACUGCUAGUCUUGACUUGUCUGAAACCUCAAGAUUGCCUGCAUUUGUACCAGAUAAAGACAAAUCCCCCAAAUACUGCUGUGUAAACCUUCCAGAUGGCUCAUCAAGCAAAAUGGCUGUGAAAUCAGGGUUCUCUAUCAAAGAGGUGCUCUCUGGGGUCUGUGAGAAACAUGGCAUCAACAUAGCUGCAGUGGACCUGUUUCUAGUUGGAGGUGAUAAGCCCCUGGUGUUGCACCAGGACAGCAGUAUCCUGGAGUCUCGGGACCUGCGCUUAGAAAAACGCACUUUAUUUCGGCUGGAUCUUGUUCCUAUCAAUCGGUCAGUUGGUCUGAAGGCGAAACCCACCAAACCAGUAACAGAGGUUUUAAGGCCUGUUGUUGCAAAAUAUGGUCUAAAUCUUAAUGAACUUGUGGCAAGACUAAGUGGUGAGCAGGAACCACUUGAUCUUGGUGUCCCUAUAUCUAAUCUGGAUGGUCAACGGGUUGUUCUAGAUGAAAAAGAACCAUCAAAGGGUAGAGAGAAACAAAGGGGCGUUUUAGUAAAACAGACUGCAACUGUAUCUUCUUCAAGAAGUCAAGGAUCUACUGGAGAGGGAAGAACUCUAGGAAAGUCUAAUUCUAUCAAAAUGAAAGGCGAAAAUGGAAAAAAUGCUAGGGAAGUCCGGCUGUCAAAGAGAGAAGACUCUAUUGCAAAGAUUGGGAAAAAAAAAUGUCAGAAAAUAAAUUUGGAUGAAGCAGAGGGACUGAGUAAAACAUUAACAUAAUUUGAAAACUUCAGAAUUCGAGGCUUUCACAUUUUAUUUUGAGUUUUGUGAAAUUUGUCAAAGUUUGGAAAAUGCAUACCAAAUGUUGUAGAUUGUUUUUUAAUGCAAAAGCAAACAACUGUUCUAUGAACUUUGAAAUUUCAGAAGCAUUUUUGUAUGACACAUCUUAGAAAUGUUGCAUGUUUUAAUACGCCUACCGCCAUUUUGCAAAACUUUGGCAAUAAGAAGCAUUUUGAAGCUUCCAUCUUGGCUACAUUCAGAUUUUAUGGCAUUUGAAAAAGCAUGUUAAAAAGUAAUUUUUAUUAAUACAUUGCAAAGCCUGCCAAGUAUGAGUAGAAGAUUUAGGAUAAGGUCAUACAAGUGCAAGUGUAUGACUUUGUAUUAUGCUAAGUUAAAACUGAUACUAAUGUUCUCUUGCUUUAUUUCUAUAUGGCUUUUGCUUCAAAUAGUAUUUAUAAGCUGGGUUGGAACUGUUGAUUUUAAUUAAUCUGUUGGAGAUGGCCUUUUAAAGCAUCUUCUAAUAUUCUGUAGUUAAAGUGCUUUCUUCUUGAAAAAAUAGGACAUGCAGAGACCCUAUAUUAAGAAUUACAUAUUUUUAUAUGUCUAUGUUUUGUACCAAAGAGUUUGUUUACUGUUGCAAUGCUUCUUUUUUGAGGAGUGGUAUAAUUCUUAGCUUACAAUUGAUAAGUUUCUUGUUGCCAAGUUUUGAAACGUUUUAGAACAGUGUUCAUCCAGUAUGAGUAUUAUUUAUAUAUAUAUAAACAUAUUAAACCAUUGGAUAUCAUUAGGGACAUGAUCAGAAAAUCACUUCUAAUUGUGUUAAAGACUCUUUAAAAAGCUGCCCCAUUGCUUUUGAUAAUGGUUCCUUGGAUGUCCUUACUGACUCCCUGUAAGCUACUGAUUCAUUGCAGCUCCAAGUAAAAUGGGGUUACUUAAAUCAUUAUCUGAUCAUACCCUGUGAUGAUAACAUCCUGGUUUAAAACUACACCAUAAAUCGAAUUUAAGCUGUGAUAAAAUAUAAUUACUCUGAGAGAAACUCAAUAUAACAAGGAAGUUUGCAACAUUCUGAAUCUUUGAAUGUUCAAAUGGCAUGCUAUUUUUGAGUUAAGAUGGGUAAAAUCCAUCCAGAAUACAAAAACGUGCACCCAUUGUCUGUAAGACUAGAGCCUUGUUUUGUAUAAAGAAUUAAAAAAUGCUGCGUGUGUGUACAGAUUUAUUAACUGCGUAAAAUAGAAGACGUGUUCAAGGCUCAGUGGAUUGCAGCUGUUCUAAACUGCAAAACUCUUACAAUAGCAAUGCUGAUGGUCUUAAUUAUAGUGAUGCUAGUGAACAUUGCUGCAAUUGAA